AUGGCGACAGCAAGGAAUGCUAAUGGAUCUGUGUCCUGCCGUUGUGUCCUCGUGGUGGACAAGGGAAUUCGUGCUUACAUAGCACCGGAAUUCCUGUGCGGCCUCGAUGCCGCGUACACAGUGAAAUCGGGUGGCGAUCUACGAAUGACGGCUCAAAUAGAGGCGUAUCCCAGCGUCGGUAUCGUAUGGCACCGUGACGGAAUCCGACUUCGACCCAGCAGAAGAGCAGUAAUGACCCUGAACCAUGAUGGUACCGUUGAACUGUCGUUGGGUAAGGUGACUGCAAGGGAUGCUGGUGUUUACAUUUGCACCGCCACCAAUGAAGUAGGUCGAACCGAAACUUCUACGAAAGUGUCCAUUAUUGGCGCUGAAACUCAGGACGACGAGAUGUCGAUCGAAGGAGCGCCCACCAUCACAGUCGCAACGCCUGAUAUUCCGUAUUCGAAGGAGCCUCUUUUUAUCACAAAACCUUUGUCCACCGAAGCGGUCGAAGGCGACACUGUCAUCAUAUUGUGCGAGGUGGUCGGUGAUCCCAAACCGGAAGUAAUGUGGCUCCGCGACUUUCUCAAGCCCGAUUACUACCGGGACGCGCCCCACUUCCGUUUGGUCGGCGAAGGACCACAAUACCGACUGGAGAUACCAUACGCGAAACUCGAUUUUACUGGAACGUAUUCCGUGAUAGCGCGCAACUGCCAUGGGGAUGCGAAGGCUGUGAUUUCUUUGCAGAUCUACGCGAAAGGUCAAGGCAAAGAGGAAAAAAUGAAGAAAUCGGGGGUCACUCACGGAAAAGUGCUAACUUUACCGGAGAUCACGAGGGAACUGCGGGACCUCAGGUGUUGCGACGGCGACGCCGUCACCCUUGAGUGUAAAGUUCACGCCACACCUGAGGCACCUUUGGUGCGAUGGGAACGCGGAGGAAAGAUUCUUCCCAUGGAUGGCGACUUUUCCGUGGAUUUCGACGGAGAAACCGCUCGUUUGAGCAUCCAACAUGUCUACCCGGAGGACGAGGGCGAGUACACCUGUGUCGUUUACAACGACCUUGGAAAAGCGUUCACGUCGGCGUGCCUGGUAGUGGAUGUGCCCGAAGGAAAGGAGAAUACUUUGAGCCAAAGAUUGACAAGGCCCGCGGCCCUAUUGUCGGCGGGAUCGACGCCGAGAUCGACGCCACGAUCGACGCCGAUCAGAAGUUUGUCGCCGGCAGUUUCGCAUGGUCGAGAACUGAGGUCCCCGCAACUCCUGCCGCGAUGUAGAUCGACGUCAAGACGACCAAAAAUCAGUCCACCGAAAUUUUACGCGGUUCCACACAAUCGAGUGGUCGAGGAAGGUGAAACCGUGCGAUUCCAAUGCGCUGUGGUCGGCCAUCCUACACCGUGGGUAAAAUGGGACAAAAAUGGCUUAGCCGUUACGCCUACCGCGAGGAUCUCCAUAAAGGAACGGGACGACGUGAAGAUAUUGGAAAUCGUCGAAGUCACCCAAGAGGACGCCGGAUUGUACAGGGUGAUCGUGGAGAACGACUACGGCCGUAUCGAAGCUAGUGCCCGCUUGGAAGUGAUAAAUCGUCAACUACUUGGCCUGGUCUCCCGGACGAUCAGAACCAGAAGCGCGUCUCCUCGAACAUACCCAUCCUUUGGUCGAAGCCUAUUGGACACAACAACCAGAAUAAAUGGGCGACUGCAACUUGGAUGCGGCAUCAGAGGAUCGCCCAGUCCGACACCAACGUGGUUCAGAAAUGGACGACCGUUGGAACGAUCGAGUCGAAUAAAAAGGUACAUCGACGGCAAUACCGCGAAAAUCGAAAUUUCAAAAGUGAAAGCGAGCGACGCCGGUGUAUACACUUGCGUGGCAACGAACGUCCUUGGUUCCACCAAGAAUACGUGUCAGGUGACCGUUCUUGACCCCCACGAUCCGUCCACUUGCGACAAGGAUCCCCCAAGGUUCCUCCAGUCUCUCCCUGAAGAGUCGAUCGUCAUGGAAGGACAUUGUUAUGAGCUUCAAUCGCGACUCACGGGUACUCCACCCUUCGCGGUUGUUUGGUCCAAGGACGGUCGUGAGGUACCUGACAACGAUUACUGCAAACACGUGACAUAUGGUGACGGUGGAAUCGCUCUUAGAUUGUCUAACGUGUCUCCACAAGAUGCUGGAGAAUACACUUGCCUAGUUCGCAACAGUUUUGGGGAGGCUUCUUGUAAAGGUCUCUUUGCUGUUCAAGAUUACAAGGGUGUUCCCAAACUAGCACCGCAGUUCACGAAAACUCCAGUAUCGGUUAUCACAUCGAAGGGAGAGACUGCGUGCUUCUGUGCUCGAGUGCAAUGUGGAAAGCCCAUGGAAGUCACGUGGACGAUCAAUGGAAAAGACGUUAAAGAAAAUUUACGAUGCAAGGUUGAAAAGGACGAUAACGUAAGCAUCCUGAGGAUACACAAUGUGUCAGCUCGGGACACCGGUGAGGUUCGAUGCACAGCAUCCGUGGUUGGAAAGGGUCCGUCGAUCAGUUGUACAGCGGAAUUACGAUUGAAACGGUUCCAUCACCAUUCGGAGGACUCGACAUCACCGUACAACAACGUCUACGCAGAAAUCAAAAAGAGUGCCAAUUGCGCUCGCAGUAAUUCUCUGAGGAAAACGGCCAGAAAUGUUCCUCGAUCGCCUCGGCAUCAACGUUACGAGUCACCAAUGCGCGCUAGAUCGUCUUCGUUGCCUUUGAAAUCCACUCCAAACACCCAACAGUCUCCUUCGCCGAUAAAAAGGAACGUUCCACCGAGUCCGUUGCUCGGCUCGAGAAGAAUACUCGAAAAUAAAUCAAAUGGAAGGAAAGAUCUAGCUCGAAAACAGACAGACAAUAACGUAGCUCGUUUAGUGAGGAACUCGAACGAUCGAAAGAUCUCGUCUUCCGAUGACGAGGAUGUGAAUGUCGCGAAUGAAACGUUGUCUUCGACAGCAUCGAACGAAACUAGUUCGGAACUAGUAAAGGAUCAGAAAAAAUGUUUGCAGAAGAUAUCACUGAGUCCUGAUCCGUGUAAGACUGAGAAAAAUUCGAAAGAAAUUCGGGAUAAUUCGAAUAAGUAUGACAAUACGCCUAUAAUAUGCAUGGAAUGUGCUCCAGUUUCGGAAAUACCGGAUGAUCCUUCGAAGAAGGACGAUGACGUCGAGACGAAGGAGGAGAAAGUUAACGACGCGCCGUUGGAAUUUAUCGCGGCCGCUAUUGUAAAGGUACCAGCUGACGUCACGGUCUUCAGAGGAAACAGGGUGGUCCUCCGGGCCAGCUAUUGUGGGUAUCCGGAACCACAGGUGAAAUGGCUUCGAGCGGGUCGCGAGCUGGUUGCAGGCAAAAAAACUGCUAUCACUUAUGGCGGUGGUGUCUCUUGCUUAAUAUCGGAUGACGUUACCGCCGACAACGCUGGAAAGUACGAAGUAUCCGUGGAAAACAGAUUGGGAAAGGACAGACGGUGCUUCAGCGUUGCUGUUGAAGGACCACCUGACCCUCCAGCGGGUGUUCCCAGCGUGUACUGUUCCCCGGGCACGACCACCAUCAAUUGGCGAUCGUCACCGUACGACGGCGGCUGUACAGUCACCGGUUAUACCGUGGAAAUGAAUCGGGCCGGUGAAAAUACCUGGACGACCGUCGCUGAAUCCUGUCACUCGCUGAGUCACACGGUACCAGCACUUGGAACGGACACCGUCGUACCCGGUGAGAGAUAUCGAUUUCGCGUUCGAGCGGAGAACAUCCACGGGGUCAGCGAACCGGGAAACGAGUCCGAGUUCGUCAGAAUCCCGAAGGAAGGGGAGACGCAGCUUUACGAGGACGAGGAAGAAUUUGAGCCACCAUUCGAAGCCAGAGUGGUCGAAAUGGAAGACGGACAUCUGUUCGCCGAUCGGUACGAUGUCCUAGAGGAGCUCGGAAAGGGUCGGUACGGUACCGUGAAGAGAGUCACCGAAAAAUCCAACGGAACGAGCUUCGCCGCUAAAUUCGUCAGGACCAUCAAGACUAAAGAUCGAGAACAAGUUCGGGAAGAGAUACGAAUCAUGAAUAUCCUGAGGCAUCCAAAGCUUCUUCUUCUUGCCGCUGCUUUCGAGAGUCCCCGAGAGAUCAUUAUGAUCACCGAAUACAUUUCUGGUGGCGAACUGUUCGAAAGAGUGGUUGCUGAUGACUUUACGCUCACUGAAAGAGACAGUAUACUGUUUAUGACACAGAUUUGUGAGGGUGUCGAAUAUAUGCAUCAGAAUAAAGUGGUCCACCUGGACUUGAAGCCAGAGAAUAUCAUGUGCAGGACGCGAACUUCCCAUCAGAUCAAGCUGAUCGAUUUCGGUCUAGCUCAGACUCUGAAACCGGACACUCCGAUCAGAGUCCUUUUCGGUACGCCGGAAUUCAUUCCGCCGGAAAUCAUAAGUUACGAGCCGAUCGGCACGGAGUCAGACAUGUGGAGCGUCGGUGUGAUUUGCUACGUUCUACUGACCGGUUUGUCGCCGUUUAUGGGUGACAACGACGCCGAAACCUUCGCGAACAUCACUCGAGCGGAUUACGAUCUAGAGGACGAAGCAUUCGACGCGAUAUCGAACGACGCUAAGGACUUCAUUAGCGGUUUACUCGUCAAACGGAAAGAAUUGCGAAUGUCGGCAAGACAGUGUUUGGAGCACCCAUGGAUGGCGCAACACGCGGAAGCUAUGAGUAGGAUCGCCUUGCCGACAGAAAAAUUGAAGAAAUUCAUCGUACGAAGAAAGUGGCAGUUGCCAGCGAUAUUGAGGACCCACGGCUACUAAUCGGCCGUAAUCGAAGUAAAUUCGUACCGACCGGAAAUGUAAGCCGCACCGCGAAAUUGUUCGAAAAGGAAGCGGCGGCGUCGAAGCCGCCAUCGAGCAUAACACAAAUGUCGCAGCGAGCGUAUCCAACGGUCCCCGUUCCCGCUGCAAAGCCUCACAACGAAAGGGUACAGAAAGCGUUCGCAUUCUGGAAUAAAUAAAUUAGUAUAAGAAACGAGGAACCUUAGUCUGUAACACUUUUAAACUCAGUACGAUAUUUAGGACGGAAACAUCGUUUUCGUCUCCAGUUUAAAAGCCCGGUAAAUGAGAUUAUUACAGAUACCUCCCUCCCCCUCCACCAACCACCCCUUUUAAAUCGUAACCACGCCCCUUAACCCCUUUAAAACCUAUUGUGCGACUCCUACCCGUUGCGAUGAGGAAAAGUUGCACUUUAGAAUAAGCAAUGUUACGAUCAUUAAAAAAAAAAAAAAAAAGGAGUAUAUAUUCGACAAUUUUUCUUAUCAGCCACGUGUUGUUUGAGACGAAUGUUUUUGCGACAACGCCUCGUACGAGUAUGAUUGCCACGUUGAUAUGUUUCUUCUUAGUCUUUCUUCUUUUUUUUAUGUUUCAAUCGAAAUUAUCCUCGACAUUUCGCGAUGCAACGUAAGUAAGAGCGAUCGAAAAUUCGAUUUUAAUAUUAACAUUUCGUGUAGAUACGUUCAAGAAUUUUCGACGUGUUUCGUAUAAAAUAUUCACGACUUUUAUCGCGAACGGACGAACGCGGACAAAACGUCGUUCGCCAUUUUCGAUGCGUGUAAAUAGCUGUUCAGUGACAUUUUACAAGCGUAACGGUGUAACAAUGUACUUAUUAUCUCACUUCCUUUGCACCUUUUAGUUUUUCUUGCGAACAUACGAAAACGAUUACGUGUAUUAUUAGUAUAAGUUAUACAUGAGUAAUAAAAGUAAUAAAAAAUA